AUGUACGUCUCUUUCCUUGUGCUCCUUCUGACCGCGCACCUCUGCAUUGCCCAUCUCCCAAGAAACUGGAUGCUCGAGGAGCGUCUUCCGUGGGAGGACGAAACCGAUCAAUUCUACGACUACCGCAGCUUCAUGUCAAGAAGCAGAAGAAGCGACAAGAUCACGAUCUGCGGGAAGAGACUGUUCAAGAUGGUGGCGGCGACGUGCGGAGAAGGAUGUACCGGUGAGUGAAGGGGGACUAGUAUAAUCACGGGGGAGCUGCGAAUUCAAGUGCUUCACCGAACAUCUAUUUCCAUUACAGCCAGCGAGGAGAACAUUGCGACCAAGUGCUGCGAGAGCAAGUGCACAAUGGAGGAGAUCACCGGCUUAUGCUGCCCCGGACGUUGA